GCCGACGUUGCCAUACUUUCUGUUUUUUUUUUUUUUUGGGGGGGGGGGGGGGGGGGGGGGGGGGGAAGGCUCAAGGUUAAGCAGAAGUGGCGUGGUGAAAUGGAACUGGGAACGCUGGGAGACGAUUUGCUACGGAAUAUUCUGACGAAGCUUCCAUUCAAUGACAGAAUCUUCACCGCACCCUGUGUAUGUCGUCAGUGGAUGAGGGUGGCGCGGCAGCCGCAAUGUUUUCGAGAGAUUGACACGAGGGAGUGGGCGGAGAGGCAAGGGCUUUUGCUACACGACACGAGGUGGAGAAAACCCCUCAUUAUCGGUGGUCGGUCCAUCCCCGGCCGUGCGGAUGCUAUGUUGAAGAAGCUGGGUGAGCUCAGCAGAGGGCAGGUGGAGACGUUGAUCCUUCAGUAUUGCACAACGAAGGGGAUGAUGGCUGUUUGUGCUGGGCAGACGAACCUCAAGCGUCUAGAACUUUGGUCUGUGUUCGGUUCCCUUAACCAGCGGCGGAUUGAUCAUUUGCUAAGAUCAUGUCCGCAAUUAGAACACUUGAAGAUUGGCGACAUCACCUUGCCGGACUCUUUUAGACAAGGGGAAAGAGAAGAGCGGCAGGGUGAUGAAGGUUCUGCGGAAAGCGAUCCAGUAGGAGAUGACGAAGAAGAAAGAGGAAAAGGGGUGGAGGUCGUGAGUGACGUUGGUGACGACGAGGAGGAGGAUCUUGUGACCGUCUUCUCAGUCUUUAGUAGGUGGCUGUCGCCGCCUGGUCGCCCUCGCGGCGCCGUUUAUUCCAUACCUCCUCCUCCUCCUCCAGCCACUGACGAUGAAGAUGAAGAUGAUGACGGUUCUUCAUAUUCAUCCAGCUCAUCUUCAUCGAGCGGCGAAGAGGAGCAGGCCGGUCGCCAGAUGCGGGGAGGUAAUGAACAGGAAGAAGGAGGGCAAGGCGAUAACGGAGUGGAUCCUGUUGCUACGACGACGGCGGCGGCGGCGGCGGCUGCCUCUGGCCGGCUAAAGCAUGGAAAUUAUGAUAUUGAUCUCUCAUUAGAUUAUUUUACUGCUCAUCAUACCGCUGUCGGAUUGUCAGUCCUGAGCAUCGCCAAGAGAUGUCCAAAUUUGAAGACGCUUCAUCUCACAUCAGCUCGCGGCAGCGACGGCUUUCUGACGGACACCUCGAUGACUGGCUUAGUCGAAGGAUGCACUGGAUUGACCGAUCUGUCUCUUAUCGGAAGCAGAUAUGAUGAGCAGGAGUGCUCCGCCAUCCGCGCCCUUUCGGGAUGCCAGCAACUGCGAAACCUCUCUCUCUGCAGUUUGCCGCUGCUGGCCUUCGAUGCCUUACAAGAUGGGAGCUGCCCUCUGUUAUCUUCUUUGUCUCUGACUUCGGGAGACGAGUGGGGUAACAUAGACAUAUGGCAUUCCUAUUUCCGUUGCACUGCACGUCCUCAGCUGACAUCUCUGUGCGCGAUAGAUAGCGUCUACUUCGGCGACUCGCAGCUGGAGGCGGCAGUGACAGAGUGUUUCGGCUUAACGAAACUCGACGUGAGCGGGACGCGGGUGUCCGACUGGGGUAUCGCUGCAGCGGUGAGGAAUUGCUCUCACCUGCGAAUACUUAGCGCAUCUCGGUGUAGAUACGUCACCGACGAAUCGGUUAGGGUUGUGGCGGCUGAAGCUGGGCGGCAGUUGCGGGAGCUGUGUUUCGACGAGACCAGCGUCACACACAACGCCUUGUCUUCUCUUGCGGGCACUGGGAUGGGAACGAACACACCAGGACUUGUGAAGCUUCUGCUGUACGGAACUUUAGUCGGAGGAGGAGGAGGAGGAAGAGCAGGAGGGGAAAGACUCUCUGCCUUACCUUCGUUGGAAUCUUUGAGAAGUUUAGAGGUCAUUCUUGAGCGCCAUCCCCAUCUGGAAGAGAUGGCUUUGCGCAUCUUUGAUCCGUUGGUAGAUGUGCAGCAAGCGGAGUGCAUGGAAUUUAUGUGGGCACAAGCGGUGGCGGCGCCAAAGGACGCACUUUCGGAGGUCCUAUCGACGCGGCUGAGCGGCGCUCUGCCUGAGAGAGGGGGAUUGCGGAGCAGCAACAUGAGGAACGAUUGUUUGUUUGGUUGUGAGUAUGGUAUAGAUUGGGAGCCUCGUCUUCCCGCCUGGCAGUGCUGUGGUCCUUUCCUUCGUUGCCUCUCUGCAGUGGGUCGGUCCUUACGCAGCCUUCAUCUCUAUUGCGACCCGAGAGCGCUUUUCGGCGACUUCGAGGAAGGAUUUCUCGUUUUCCUCAGCUCCUGCCCCAAUCUCGUCUCUCUCAGAUUGACAGGAUUCGCCCAAGUAACUGAUACCAUCGUGUACAAGCUGGGGGAUCUGUGUCCUUCGCUCGAGCAUCUCGCCAUAGCUGGUUCUCGAAUACCCUUCUGGAAAGGUAUCGAGCACCUGGCUGUCACAAGCCCCAGACCCAAGUCGUUCGAGUACCGUCCCGACCAUUACAAGGACGUCCUCUUGGACGAAGCCUACUACCAGGUGACACAUGUGAGGAGGGGAAGCUAUUAACCUACCGGCUUCCGCCAGGUUAGUGAGGCGAUCUUUUUUUUUUUUUUUUUUUUUUUUUUUUUUUGUAAACAGCUCUGGGUGAGC